UAAGAAAAAUUAGAUAUUAAAAAAUUCUUCAAUUAAAAAAUGGAGUACUAUAUGAAACGUGCCGGGAGGCUUUGUUUUCCUCCUUCCUUUUCUCGCCAACGAUGAACUCUACACCAGACUUCACUCAAGAUGACUCCGGCGGUAGCGACUCCGACUCCAACGCCGGCGAUUCACCGGACUACUACCUCCCUAUCUCCGCCACCACCGAAGACGACGGCAAUUUCUCCGAUCACACCUCCGACCACGAUCACAGUGAAAGCCCUUCCUUUCAUCCCCUAUCCAACGGCUACGCUAAUUGCGUCGAAAACGGCGUCGCAUCGCUGGAUCUGACCGACGAUGAAGAAGAGGAGACGGCGAUAAUCACGUCGGAAACGGCGAUCCAGAGAGCGUUUAUUGAGGAUGAGAACAGGCGAAACGCGCCGUUGCCGGCGGAGAAUGCGACGAGAGUGAUGGAAGCGAUGCGAGGGAUUUCGUUUGCUGGAGUGGCCCCGGAUUGGUCGGGUCGGGUCAGGGAAGACAUGUGGAUUGAUCAGUUGAGGAAUAUGAGAAGACAAUCGAUCUCUGAUGCUACUGCUAACAGGCCUGGUUAAAGAUAAUCAUUUUUAAGUGGUAAAUUGGAGUACAGGACUAUAUGCUGGACUGAUGGCUUAUUGUAGUCAUGUUUUUGUAAUCUUCUAUAACUACGGCACUCCGGUUUUCAGUUACACAGCCUUCUUUUAUAGGAAAAAUCUUCCAUUGUUUCUGGUUUUUAUAGCACUCAACCACAAGGGAUAAGAGAGAACACACUAGAAAAACUGUUAUAGUUGGGGGUCUGGGGGGAAUUGGAUGGGAAGUGGGGAAACCGGAAAGGACUUUAUUCCGUUAUAUUGAAGAUUUUAGUUUAUAUUUUUUCCACAA